AUGACUUCUCAUCAAACUGGAAAAAUUACCUCGCAUUGGAAUGACCCUGCGUCCAAUAUAUUUCUGGAAUCACAAACAAACGCUUCGCAAAACCCUAGUCGCUCGUUGAAGAAAACUGCUUCCAGUCGACGAUUGGUUUAUGAGGAAGCGAAUAAGCUAUCAGGAUCUUUACCUGCAUUGUCUGUUGCUUCAAUAGAGCAGCAAAGACAUCCUUCCUUACAUACACCACCCACAAUUCCUUCCAAGGUUCUACCUCCUACAGCACAGAAACUUGCUAAGCCCCCUACCCAUUUAAGCCCUCAGGAUUCCUUGCUUUCAAACGUAUUGCAUUUAGAAAUGGCCAAGGAGAACCAAAACAUAGGUCAGACCGGGGUUUCGAAUAGCACAGAUAUUACUACGCAAAAAACAAUCGAUGUUUCUACCGUUCGAAAUGCUAUUCAAAACAUUCUUGAACAGAAUUCUUCUUUGGAUCCAUCUGUCCAUGCACCAGGCUUCCUUGAUACGUUUGAUAAUAUAUGGCUUGAAAAGCUUUCGGAGGUUUCGGACUUAGCCCUCCAAAGUAAAAACGCCGAUGCAAAGGCUGUCCUUGUAAAUAUGAUGUGUAGCGGCGUCGUUCCCGACUGUAUUCGCUGGUGUCCAGUAUUGAAAACCGUCAUCGAAAAUCUAUCUCUGUGA